AUGAGUUUGGCUUUCCCGCACAGUAAGAAGCCUCGCAAACAGUAUGUCUUGGGUGACUUCGUCAAAUAUGCUACUGGCAUAUUUGCGGCUCACUUUGUCGCCAUCUCGGACAUGGGUCUCUACGAAUUCGCAGAGAAGCAAUACAUAGACAAAAACCUACAAUGCAACACCCGUCACAUGGUCCUAACUGGCCAUUAUCAUCGGAAGAGCAGCGGCCCGCCCGUCUGGGCUGAAUCUACAGGCGAAGAAAUACGGUACUACAAAGGUACCGGUUGUCGAGUAGAGCCGCUCAUUCCGGAUAUCCAAUCCGGCAAGGUCUACUACGAUCCGCCAUUCAGCUACAUUGGCGGUACAAUCAGCAAUGGUGAUGCUGGACGCGGUAUGACGCAGGAACGAAAAUUCCAGCGAGCAGUGGUUGAAUCUGCCAUUCACUUCAUCUUCCUCGCAACGGGGAGAUUGAAUCAAACUUUGGAUAUCACAAACCCGGAUUUGCUUGGUCAUUUCAAGGUUGCCCUCGUAAAUCUUCUACAGAAUCGGGAGGCUUACGAAGCGUCUCACCGUACUCCAAUUAAAGAGAUUCCGGCACGCGUUGAAGAGACAGCUAUCACUAAGAAUGAAGCGCACCCUUUCAAAGUUAGUGAGACGAGGCCUAGAAAUUCUGUAUUUGAUAUCAUACGACGGCCUCUGCCACCUAUUGUUGCGGCUUCACUAAACCGUAGAGUUAUCGAUUUAACGUGUGAUGUUCCUGGAUCUUCAUCUCAAGCAAUAGAUGAGUGCGUACUUCUCGAGCAACAAGUGCAGGAUCUCAAAGCGAAGCUCGAAGAACAAAGGGCGAGGACGAGUACACUUGAAGCGAGACUAGCUCGAGAGAAACUUCGACGGCAGAGAUUACGAGAUCAGCGCGAAAGAUGGAAUAUACAGAAGCGAGCUUUGAAGGCGAAGGUUACUGCAAAAAGACAGCGACCAGCACAGUGCGAGGCGACCGGGCUUGAGCAUCAGCUUCAAAUUGCAGCGGUGAAGGAAGAACUUGAGUGUGAGAAAAAAGCGAGGAUGUUCUGGCAGUACAAGCACAACAGCUUGCCGAGAAUGCUGCUUGAUCGCAACCGACUUUCGAUUACUUCAGGGGCUCCAAAUAAUCAAGAGUCGAGUGUGGCGUUGGUAAGAACACCAGGUGCAGGAGCACACAAAGGCUCAUUCGGUUCCGGCCGUUCUCGACCGUUGUGAAUACAACUUACCAAGUUACGAGGAGCUGAUAGCACUACGUUAUACUUUCAAGCAAGGAUUUAAACAGAUGGGCAGUGAUGUAUUAUCAGGAUGCCUUGUCCAAACAGUAGUGUAUACCACAUGAGUAUGAAUGUUUCCCAGAAUGAAACCCAUGCAGA